AUGCCUCGCUCACUCGCCCGGCUCCGGUAUAAGCCGCCGCUGAAGCCCAUCUCUUUUGCCCCCGCUGCAAAACGCACAACACCCGUCCACGAGGAAUUGCUGCAGAGGCGGGUCGCCGCCUAUGUCCAGCGCCAGUCAAACCCCAAGCACCUCCGCCUGCAAACGGUUGUCAAUGAAAAAGCCAGACGCCAGGCGACGGGACAGCAUGUGAAUGCCCCCAUUAAGCCCUACACCCUGCGCGACGUGGUGGACCCAGAAGGCACGGCAAAUCAUGGCGAAAUAAUCUACAUUUUCCGCAACACAAAGACCAACCAGGUCAUCUACUCACUUCAAGAGUUACUAGACAACCAUCACCUCGACCAAUUGCCCUUCAUUGGCAAGCACUCGAAGCCGCCUGCCCUGCGCCCAGACGAAUGGGUCCCUCACUGUGUCGUUACCUUUCCCACCUCUGCCCAGGGCCAUAGCGCCUUCCGCAAGCUGCGUGAGUUCCGGAAAUUGCACGAGACUGCAUGGGACAAGACGAACCCGAAAAUGGUUUCUAUGGAUCGCAAGCAGCGCAUCAAGAAGAUUAUGGACCAGCGGGCCAACACGAGCGCUGAUCUAGCAGAGGUGCUGCGCAUACAAGAAGAGCAUGGCAUUCAGGCUGCAGAAGAGCUGCUAAAACGUGAACAAAAGGCCACUGCUGUGCUAGACAAGCGCUGGCAGGAAAUUGAUGCACUAGCCAAUGCGAGCUUGGCCAAGGAAAAGCCAACUGACAACGUCAAGUGGCUGCAAGGCCAAAUACGAUCCAUGGACCUGAAGCUCAAGAUGAGGCAUCACCAGAGUGAAGCCGACCAGAAGAGCCUAAAGGCCACCAAGGAAGCUCUCGAGACUCGGUUAGGCAAGUUGCAAUAUGCAAUCAGAAAAGCUGAACAGUUCAAGAAGCUGCAACAAGAACUCACAAAAAAGGCAGCGCCUGCUCAAGAGCCAGGUGCGGAGGCAAAGUUGAACGAAUUAAGGUCUAAAGCCCGAGUUUUGGACGAGGCACUUCAAAACCCAGACCCUUCUCGACCCGCAUCAGAUCUUGAAAUGGAUGCUCAACUUCUCGCUCAACAGCGAAGUGAAAUCGACCUUCUUGAGCAGGCUUUUGACGCAAAGGCCCAAGCAGAAUCUCGCGACCACUACAUUGCUCGCUCGGUUCUCCCAAAGACCCUCAAGAAGACCCCUGUCAGACCUUACACGCUCAAUGGCGUUUCGGUGCAAUGGGCUGACAUGCAAGACGCCCUCUAUGCGGCCGGAAAGUGGCCUGAUGCCAUCGAGCACGAGCCUCUGGAGAUCAACAGGGCGCGGGGAGAAACUCUGUUGCUCUCGGCUGAAGAGUAUGAGAUUGAGAAGAGCAACGAUGUUGGACGGGUCAUGGAAGCUCUGCAAAGUAGAGGCCAGAUGCACGACGGCUUGCGGUCAAGCUUUGAGCCAUCAGGUGUAGCUCCGGCACUGAAAAGUAGUAUACCGACAUUCUUGCCUGUACGGAAUGCUUUCAAGAACGCUACAGCCUAG